CCCCCCACUUUAACGUCUAGUUGGCAUAACUGAUAAUUUCCGCAUUCCCAAAUCCUCCCAGAUAGAGCUAACUAUUUAAACGGGCCGAUGCAACGAUUUCCACUUUUUAAAAUCUACUGUCGACCUUCAGCUGACCAGAAGAAAGGACAACUGUUGCACUCGGAAUCAAAGUCAGCUGUGGUCACAGCCGGGUCUAACAUGAUGCCGGGACCAAUCCCAGAUCCCCUGGUGACAGCGGGCUCCCUGCCCAGCCUGGGUCCCCUGGCAGGGAUCCCCUCCACCACGCUGACUGACCAGCUCAAAUACGCCGACCUCCGGGAACUGGGGUCCAUGCUCUCUCCACUGCACUUCCUGGGCAAGCUAGGGAAGAGGCCCCUAAACAUCAAAACAGAGAGAGAUGAGGAAGAGGACAGGAGGAAACGAAGGAGAGAGAAAAACAAAGUUGCAGCAGCACGCUGUAGAAACAAAAAGAAGGAGAGGACAGACUAUCUACAAAGGGAAUCAGAGAGACUAGAGGUGAUGAACUCUGACCUCAAAGCCCAGAUCGAGGAGCUGAAGCAUGAGCGGCAACAGCUGAUCAUCAUGUUGAAUCACCACCGCCCAACGUGCAUCGUAAGAACAGACAGCGUCAAGACCCCUGAAAGCGAAGCCAACCCCUUGCUGGAGCACCUGGAGGGAAAGUGAUGUCACAGGGCUCAGAGCAGCAGUGUCACAGUUACAGUUUACAGUGAAGCUCCACUCCGGCCAGCUAGCAGCACUUCAAUACCUCUGGGUUCUUUGCUUAGAGGAGAACCAGCUAAGCACUCCUGCCUGGAGCCAGAGAGCCUUUAAACACAAAGGUGACCCAAUGUGAUUGGACUUUGUGCUGGCAGUUAAAUGCAUUGUUUAGAUUUUUUGUUUUGUUGUUGUUAUUAAGGGCCCCAUAGUCCCAGCCACUAUCACUAUAAAUAAAUGGAAUUGAAUAAAUGGCU